AUGAAUGCAGAUUGCUACUUUCUACAGCUGGAGCUGUUAAAUUGAACAAGCAGCAAACCGACAUUGCUGUCAACUGGGCCGGUGGACUUCACCAUGCAAAGAAAUCGGAAGCAUCAGGCUUUUGUUACGUGAAUGAUAUUGUCUUGGCCAUUCUCGAAUUACUGAAGUAUCAUCAGAGAGUACUGUACAUUGAUAUUGAUAUUCACCAUGGUGAUGGUGUUGAAGAAGCUUUUUACACAACAGACAGAGUGAUGACUGUUUCGUUCCAUAAAUAUGGUGAAUAUUUCCCUGGCACAGGAGAUCUCCGGGAUAUAGGUGCAGGCAAAGGCAAAUACUAUGCUGUAAAUUUCCCAUUGAGAGAUGGAAUUGAUGAUGAAUCUUAUGAAGCCAUAUUCAAACCUAUUAUAUGUAAGGUGAUGGAAAUGUAUCAGCCCAGUGCCAUUGCGUUGCAGUGUGGUGCUGAUUCUUUGUCUGGGGAUAGACUUGGCUGUUUUAACCUCACUAUUAAAGGCCAUGCUAAAUGUGUUGAAUUUGUGAAGACCUUUAAUCUGCCUUUACUGAUGUUGGGAGGUGGAGGAUACACAAUUCGUAAUGUAGCUCGAUGCUGGACAUAUGAGACUUCUGUAGCUUUGGACUCGGAGAUUCCAAAUGAACUGCCAUACAACGAUUAUUUUGAGUACUUUGGACCAGACUUCAAGCUGCACAUUAGUCCUUCCAAUAUGACAAAUCAGAACACCAAUGAAUACCUGGAAAAGAUAAAGCAACGUUUGUUUGAAAACCUACGCAUGCUGCCACAUGCACCAGGCGUUCAGAUGCAGGCUAUCCCAGAAGAUGCGGUUCCAGAAGAUAGUGGGGAUGAGGAGGAGGAAGAUGCAGACAAACGCAUUUCAAUCCGUGCUUCAGACAAAAGAAUAGCUUGUGAUGAAGAGUUCUCGGAUUCUGAAGAUGAAGGGGAAGGAGGGCGACGAAACACUGCAAAUUACAAGAAACUAAAGCGUGCCAAAGUGGAAGAAGAGAAAGAGGGAGAGGAGAAAAAAGCAGAUGGGAAAGAGGAAGAAAAGGCCAAAGAUGGUGUUCCAGAGAAGUUAGAAACUAAAGGAAUUAAGGUGGAAGAGACAAAACCAAGCAACGCAUAAGUCAAGACAGAAACCCGUUGGCUCAAUUUCUUCGCAGCAUGGUUACUGUAGUGUAGCAUUAUUAGUUGACCCUAGAAAUGCUUAUUUUUUUACAACGUACAAUGGACCAUGUAAUUUAUUUGUAAACACCGUUUUGACCUUUGAAGUUGUUUAAUCCGUGAUCCAAAAGAUGUUAAGUUGUUAAGUGAAGUUGGCUAAGGAGUUGUUAAACCUUUCCUGUAUUUUCCAGUGUAAACAAAUGGCAUUUUUGACUCCUGUUUGCUUGGGCAGUCUUUUUGCUAAACACAUAGCACUCUUAAGUCAACCCUUGAAAGUUGUUGAAAAUGACAACCUGGCUUUCAUUUUUACUGUCCCAUAAUGAACCAUUUGUAUUUCUGUGAAAAUACUGAGAAUCAUGUAACCCUCCCAUGUUCAAGGUAGUAAUCGGAUAUGUGAGAUGGAUAUUCUAUUAAUUUUUUUAUAUAUUAUAAACUGGAUAAAAUCAGUUGACUUAUACUUAGACUCCUUAAGGGAAUGUUUUCCAUUUUUAAAAAGAAAUCUUUAUAGUAAAACUCUUAUUGCCCAACUGAAAUAUGGGUGGAUGUGUGUGGGUUUUUUAUUCUUGCUAUGUGUGAAUUAAGUUUACUUCAUGAUCUUUUUGACCAAAACUUAAUUAAAAUAUUUCAGUCAAAA